AAACGCGCAUCGCUGCCGAUCGAACCUGCUUGCAAAAUGUUUUACAAAAGGCUUAUUUUCGCAAUGGCGGCCGCCUGCAUGGCAGCGCCCGUGGAUGAGCCAGUAAGGGUGGAUCUGCCAGUCUACGACUCACCACAAGCGGCUUCGGGCGUGAAGUUAGCCGAACCUUUGCACCCAGAAAACCGAGGUGGUGAAAAAAGUAACGGACCAUUAACCGGACACUUCAUUUCUCAAAAACUCCAUGCCGUCUCCGGUGCUCUAGGUAGCAAGUUCAACGCUGGACAACUGGGGCACGAUGAAAUUGUGGGUGGGAUUUUCGCCGCGCCAGUGACAACAAGAGAAGGAGCACUACUCGAAACAGAAGGAUGGGGCAGUAAGACACUCUCCGCUAAAGAAAACUUGCACAGUAUUGUUGCUGGUAUUUUUCAGCCGAAACCAAUCGUAGACACGAUACGAGAGGAAGACAAAUACGGCAACACGGGUGAUAAAUUUUAUGCAGCUGGCCGUGCCAUCGUCGGCGGCGCUUCUGGUGUCUCCAACCUAGUCAACUCGGUCCUCGAGGUUCCCGGUACCAUCUUUAAGAAGAUAACGCGGAUAGCCACGGAGAAGUUAAAUAACUUAGGAGGAAAGCUCAUAGGUUUAAAUUAAGGUGCACCUUCUGAGAGUAUUUAGGUGAACGUAAAGAAGUAUUAGUAUAGUCUACCGUACCAUUAUAGUCAGUAGCGUAACGAGGGUAACCCUAAGGUCCUUCAGCUCUGGGGACAAUGGAUUUAAAAUUUAAUAAAUGGGUGUGUAAUGAAAGAUAUAACAACAAAAUAAUCUAUUUUCACUUGGUGUAACAAUAUUUGAUAUAAUUUAUAAGGAUAUUAUCAUUUAUUGAAUAUAUGUAUAAUGAACAAGAGGUAUAACAACAAAAGGCAUAAUUUCAAUGUGCCUAAUUAAUAAAUCUUCAGUAUAUUUAUUUGGGGCUUCGGCGGGCACUGCCGUGGCAGACUCGCGCUUCUUUAUGGUCGCAGUUUUAACCUAACCAAGGGGAAGUAACGGUUCUAUAACAUUAUUUUUAUGUGUUUUCGAACCUAAUACUCCUUGCUGCGCUCGUCAUUGCUCCUAUUGCGUGUAUCGCCUCUCACUUGAGACUGGUAUAGUUCACAGGUCGUGGAAGAUUACAAACGUGCAACCUGUGCCAAAAAAAUUAAAGCAGAGCUGACCCCGUCAACUAUCCCACUCACUUUCAUACUCUGCAAGACUAUGGAACGUGUACUCAACAACCGUUCUCUGUCGUACCUUGAAGACAACGACCUCCUCAGUGAUCUCCGAUUUCUUGAGCGAACGUUCCAUUCGAGUGGUCUUAGAACAUAGAUUGCUCAGUCCGGAGUUCCUCAAGAUUCCGUACUGUCUGCAACUCUCUUUCUGCUGCAUAUCAUUGAUAUGACAAUACCGUACCAAUACAGGUACCUUUGCGUGUGCUGAUGACAACACAGUUGUAGAGAGGCACUUAACAUAACCAAUGCAAGGGUCAGUGGAGAGGAAAUCCAGUCUUGUCGAGAUCAUAUGGUUAGCCGUUUAGAUUUCACACUCGAGGCAAUCUCCGAUCGUGGCGAUGCCAAUCUUUGUUAAAUUUAACGCUACGAAAACACAGGCGUGUCUAUUCUCCACAAAACGGAGUCCUUUUGAGGACUUCGACUUUUCGUGAUAUAUCCAUAUCUAUAGCCGACUGUCUCCAGCUACUUGGAAUGGACCUGUCGUACAAUCCAUGGCCAAAAAAUGCAGCAAGGAAGCUUGGCGUCCUUUCCAGAGUGAGGAGUUACUUUACACCGUUACACACAGUUGCUUCAACUGUAUCUAGCACAUGUGCGGUCGUGUAUGGAGUACUGCUGCCACCUUUCCGAUGACUCUGCUACAUAUCAACUGGCCACUUGGAUUCAAUCAUAGAUUUAGCAUAUAGGUUUCAAUUGACAAGCGUGUCGAGAGGCUUAUAGGCACUUGCCAGCUUAUCGGUAUUUUACAGGAUAUAUCACGGAGAGUGUGCGAUGGAAUUACACGAUUUAAUUCCUCCUUCCCCUUUCCAUCAUCGGUGGACUAGACCUGGGCUUGGGUUCCACCCCUAUGUUGUGGAUAUCCGAAAAAUUCACACGAAGCAUUACAUUGCUACAUUUUUAUGGCGAACGGCUAUAGAGUGGAAUUCCUUGCCUGCAGGGAACUUGAACCUUUUCAAGGCGAGAGUGAAUAUGCAUUAUUUAGGUGUGCGUGCUCCAUCGUCACUUUCCAUCAGGUGAGAUGGAGGUCAAAUGCGCACUUUCAUUUGCAUAAAAAAUACUGGGAUUAUAUUUCUGCUGUCCGCUAAGUAAAACGCGGCUAAGUGACGUAAUAUUUUUUUGAGACAUCAUAAAAAACCAUAACUCAGUUUUAGUAUAUUUACGGUCGUAUUCCAGAA